AGCAGACGAAAUUUGUGUGUUUUGGUCUCUCGAAGAGCAAGAGAGUGUUUCACUUGAGUUCUAAGGGAAAAAAAGUGCUUCGUUUAUUAAUUUACAUGGCACAUUAAUAUUUAGCAUUUCAACGGAAGAAUAAAUUUUCCAAAAUGUCUGCACUGCCAGUGGCCAAGUUAGCUGCGCUGGUUGUCAAACAACUAGCCAAACCACUUGCCAAUCUAGCCAAAGAGAAAGCAAAAGAAUCAUACUUUUUCAGGACGUACAUCUGUAUGCCACCGGCGCAGUUUUAUCACAGAUGUGAGGUGAAACUUAAGAUGUGGGCAAUGAACUUGGGGAAAGCUGUCGAAAUCCCAAAGUUGAAUGAAGCAAUGGCCAUUGAAUUGGGUGGAACUCUGUUGGGAGAAGGUAUUAUCUUCAUCACUGGUGCAGUCCUUGUCACUGCCGAAGUCGUUCGACGAAAUAAAAAGGAUGCCGCCCUUGAACAAGCCCGUCGUAACGAAAUGGAAUCUAUAUUGGACCGGCUACGAGAUAUGGAAAUUGAAAGCAGUCGACAGGACGCACAACUACGCGAGAUCAACAGGCUAUGCAUGUCUCUCCAAGGCAUAGUUGUAUCUCAAUCUCAAGAGUCUGCUGGCGACAAAUCAAAGGUAGAGGCUGCAUGUAGUGAGAAUAAUGCCUCAUCGUCUCGACUUUCCAGCAGUAAUUCAGCUGUUCCUGUUGCAUUAGAAUCCUCGUCUGCAGCAACAGGAAAACGGUACGUCGGAUCCAGCCGGGGGAUCGUCGAGCAAGCCAUAGCGUUAAUUAUUAAAAGUUAAACUGUGAAACAGAACUCAGUUUCUGUUUUUGAAAUCAUUUGUAUCUCUUGGCAAGCAUCUACAAAAACCAAGAUGUAAAAUAGUGCGAAGUGUGAAGAAUACAGAAUAAUUUAAAGAUA